AUGCGACGCGAUUUCACUUGGACAUUUACCGUGGCCAACGUGAAGGUACCCAUCCUCGGCGCGGAUUUCCUGGCGCAUUACGCACUGGCGGUCCAUAUGAACCCUAGGACUCUGUCCGAUACGACGACGAAUCUCCGUGUGACCAUCAGACUCAGCACCACAUCAGAACCCGAGGUCCUCCCGCACACUCCCCAUCCGCGACGACUCGCUCCGCACAAACUGGCGUACGCCAAGGAGCAAUUCGACAAAAUGCUCAGUGAUGGCAUCAUUCGUCCUUCCGAUAGCCCUUAUGCCUCGUUACACUUAGUGCCUAAACCUGGUGGUGAAGAAUUUCGGAUAUGCGUCGACUACCGGAAAUUGAAUGCAUCGACCGUACCAGACCGAUAUCCUACGUUUUCAAAACCAACAUCUCCUUUCGUCGAGGAACUCCGCCACAAAAUGGCCCGGCUUAAAUAUGCAACUCCACGACAGCAACCGGUGAAUUGUACAUCCCUCAACACUUGCGAGAUUGCAAAUUUACGGAACGACGCCGUUCUUCGACGCACCGACAAGCACCUUACGAUCAAGCGCGCCAACUCGACCGACACCAUCGCAAUCGAUCGGACCAAGCCUGCUUUUCUGGAGAAGCGACAGUAUGACGCAAACCCGGCUCUGCGGCCCCCUAAUGCUAUUCCAGCGCACCCAUCAGACGCAGCACCGCAGACAUCAAACGACACCCCAGCGACUCCUGUGCGGCAGACCCGAUCCGCGCUGUUCCUUCUGACUACAGUCAGUCAGCAAACUAAAACAGUUACUACGAGUACGGUUUUUAUUUGUCUUUUACAACUAAAAAUGAGCACAACCAGUUACAUUUCAAAUAUAAUUCGGAAGAAAAGAGAUGGUGAGGAAUUAACCAAAGAGGAAAUUGAAAUUUUCGUUAAAGAUGUAUCCAGCAAGAAAUACGUAACGGAAUCCCAGAUAGGUGCCAUGUUAAUGGCUAUUUACCUAAAUGAUGUUAACGUAGCUGAAACAACCCACCUGACGAAUGCAAUGGUCUGUUCUGGUACUAAACUAGAAUGGGACCAAAUGUACAGUGGCACUCUGGUGGACAAACACAGUACUGGAGGAGUGGGAGAUAAAAUCAGUUUGGUUUUGACUCCUGCUUUGGCUGCCUGUGGCAUGAAGAUUCCUAUGAUGUCUGGUAGAUCCCUUGAACAUACUGGAGGCACAUUAAACAAACUUGAAUCCAUUCCUGGUUUUAACACAGAUCCAAUGAAAAUAGAUUGCCAGAAGAUGUUGAAGGAUGUUGGUUGCUUUAUUAUAAGUCAGAGCAACAAUUUGGCUCCUGCUGAUAAAAUUAUUUAUAAGGUCAGGGACCAGACAAACACAGUUUCAAACUUAGGUCUCAUUACAGGUUCUAUCAUAUCCAAGAAGGCAGUUGAAGGUAUCAAUGGACUUAUUUUAGAUGUCAAGUUUGGAAAAGCAGCUUUUAUGGAUACAGAAGACAAAGCCAAAAAACUUGCCAAACUGAUGGUUAAGACAAGCCAAGGUUUAGGCAUAAAGACAAAAGCACUACUGACUAAAAUGGACAAUCCUCUUGGAAUGAUGGCAUCCAAUGGAAUUUUGGAAAUUAUAGAAUCAAUUCAGUGCCUGAAAGGCCAAGGUCCAAAAGAUAUCAUGGAAAUUGUGACUCAUUUAGGAGGCCAUUUAUUGCUAAUGAUGGGUAAGGUUGGAAAUCUAGAAGAAGGUCUACAAAAGAUUGAGAAUGCUACCAAAGAUGGUUCAGCUCUUGACCGGUUCCAGCAAAUGAUAGUUGGACAAAAUGUUGACCCAGCAAUAGCAGAGAAAUUGUGCAAAGGGCAGGACACCUGGGAGAUAUUCAGAGAAGCUAAUCGAACUGCCAAACAUAUAACUGAAUUUUAUUCCAAGCAAGAUGGAUUUGUCAAGUCUAUUGAUGCUUUAAAUUGUGCUAAAAUUAUGGGCGAACUUGGUGCCUUCAAUGUCCAAAUUCCUGAAGACUAUGGAAUUGGUAUGCAAUUUUGUGUGUCUGUUGGAGACUCUGUUACCACAGGUCAGUGUUGGCUUAAGGUUCACCACAAUGAUAAUGAUCCAAAAUUAGUCCAGUAUAAACAGAGGAUCGAGGAUUGCUUGGACUUUAGCACCCAACCAUUACUCAAGGAAGAGAUUCAAUAUGUGAAAUGUGAAAUUAAUUAA